UAUUUUGUAAACAUUGUUGCAAGAGUGCGCGUCAAUAGCAAAGAAUUUAAAAGCGACAGUGCGCAGUUUCCUUUAAAUUAAUUAAUAUAACAUAACACUUUAGGUGCGGAAAAACUUAAAAUCUAUGCCGGUUAUUCGAAUAUGAAAAUUGUACAAAAUAAAGUGAAAUGGGUCAUUUUGUUUCGUUGCUUUUGUACUGAAUGCGUUCGUUAUGUUGCAUCAUAUACAUUUUUCUCAGUUACCCUAUAUCAAGAUGAGUUCAGCAGAAAGCAUAAUUAAAGGGAAAAUAAUUUUAAAAGAUUUGGCUACAAAGUUAAUUUAAAAUGAUAAUCACUGUAGACGUGGAGUUGUUAAAAGAAAAGCUAAACAAAUAAUUUUAUAUGCACUGACGCUGCGUGGCUAAUUUUAUACUAUCCUGUACAUAAGAAAAACAUUCUUAGAGAAUUCGUUUUGUGCAAGCGUUCAAUUGUCUUAGAUAUUUUUAAAGUUGUGUAAAUGCGUGAUUGCCAUCUAAACAAAAUGCCGCGUGGUGGUACUACAACAUCACGCUACGAAGAAGAUUCUGAAAAUGCUUGGAAUUGCUGCUCGUGGUUUGAGUAUUUGCUUAUUGUUAUACUAUCAACCGUUUUGCUGAUAGGUGUUUUGGUCUUGACGUUAUUCUGGGUCAUAUUUUAUCGUGGAGGCUUUGCUUGGGCUGAUAGCCCGCAACUGCAGUUUAAUUUGCAUCCAGUGCUGAUGGUGGCAGGAUGUGUAACAUUUUCCGGAUUUUCAAUACUUUUAUAUCGUUUGUGUCGUUGUAUAAAACAUUUGUAUGUGAAAUUGACUCAUAUGUUGUUCCAUGCUUGUGCUAUACCAUGUAUUGUUAUGGCUUUCCUAGCAGUAUUUGAAUCCCAUAAUUUAGUAGAGCCACCAAAGCCGCACUUUUACAGCUUGCAUACCUGGUUAGGUUUGAUAACAAUGGCAAUGUUUGCUGUGCAAUUUAUUGUUGGGUUUUUUAGCUUCCUGGUUUUAUUAUGUUGUGAGAAUCGCACUUAUUCCUGCCGAUCUGCCAUGGUACCUAUACAUGCUAGUUUUGGAUUGGCCAACUUUAUGAUGGCCGUAGCAACGUGCGUUACUGGUCUGGUGGAAACUGAACGCCAACUGGUUGGCGAAACUGGUCUAAGUACUCGCAACUCGGAGAUAGAACAUUACAUCAUGAAUUCAAUGGGAGUAGUAUUUGUCGCUUUGGGUAUUAUUAUUUCGGUAGCCGUACGUAGAUCUAAUGCUCCUGCCACUGCCAAGGUUUAUGUAACCGAACGACUUGAAAUUAAUUAAAGCAAAAGACACCAAACAACAAAAUUAUGAGAAUUCAAACCACCAACAACCCAAAGAACACCACAGAACAAGUCAACAGAAAUUUGUCAAAUGUAUGCUGCUAUAAUUAUAUAUAUUUCCUUAAAUCUCUAUAUGUCCAUUAGAUAUUUGUCUUUUUAAUUAUUUGACAUUUAUUAAAUUAAGAAGCUAGUUUUCUAUAAUGAAACAAAACUUAAAACAUUUCUUUCCCUUUUUCCAAAUACUUAUGUGUAUGUAUAUUGUGUCUUAAACUCCAAGACUAGAAGAAAAUUAAUGCCAAAACUCGUUCUUAAGACGAAAUCAUCUCGAAAAUCAAAGUCAAAAUCAAAUUCCAUUAGAUAAUCUUGUAUUUUAUUAUAAUUAUAUCCAUAAUAUAUAUAUAUCAAAAUUAACAUUUAAGUAUAGUUAUAACCUGUAGAUCUUUCGCACAAAACGUCUGUGUUGUCAUGUAACUUAUUGGUAGUUUUUUUCGCUAUCACCUUUCACAUAUUGAUUCAAAAAGGUAGAGAUAAAUAUAUCAUGCACUAAAAUAUAUACAAAUGAUUAAUCAUCGACAACAACAAAAGUAACAAAGAACCAAACUUAACAAAA